GCGCGGCCCCGCCGCCGGCAGCGCCGCCCAGGAGCCGCCGCGGCCGGCAGCAUCCGCCGGGCGGGCGAGCAGAGCGGGGGCGGCGGGCAGGGCAAAGUGGGGCGGCCCAUGGCGGGGGGGUGAGGAGGGGCCGUCGGCAGGUGCGGGUCGGGCAGGCGGUCCGCGCUGGCGGCGGCGGGAGGAUGCGCGAGUACAAGGUGGUGGUGCUGGGCUCGGGCGGGGUGGGGAAGUCGGCGCUCACAGUGCAGUUCGUGACCGGCACCUUCAUCGAGAAGUACGACCCUACCAUCGAGGACUUCUAUCGCAAGGAGAUCGAAGUGGACGCCUCCCCCUCCGUCCUGGAGAUCCUGGACACAGCGGGCACCGAGCAGUUCGCCUCUAUGCGGGACCUCUACAUCAAGAACGGGCAGGGCUUCAUCCUCGUCUACAGCCUGGUCAACCAGCAGAGCUUCCAGGACAUCCGUCCCAUGCGCGACCAGAUCAUCCGCGUCAAGAGGUAUGAGAAGGUGCCAGUAAUCCUGGUUGGUAAUAAGGUGGACCUGGAAAGUGAACGAGAAGUAUCAUCGAGUGAAGGCAGAGCCUUAGCUGAAGAAUGGGGCUGCCCCUUUAUGGAGACCUCUGCUAAAAGUAAAACAAUGGUGGAUGAGCUCUUUGCAGAAAUUGUUAGACAAAUGAACUAUGCAGCACAGCCAGACAAAGAUGAUCCAUGCUGUUCUGCAUGUAAUAUACAAUAGCAGUGAAAACGACCUAACCUGGACUUGAUUUUGUAAGGUGGUAAAACUGUCUACUUCACUUCCUGGUUUGUGGGUCACUUGAAAUACAUCUGUAGUGAAGUAGCAACAUUAACUCAGAGCUGAGCAUUGAAAGUCAAUCACUGACUCUGAAUAUAAUUGGAUUAUAUGACCACAUCUCACCCAGUUUUUCCCUUUGAGCACCUGCAAUUUCAUGGCAUAGCCAGCUGAUCUACAGGGUGUUCCAGUCAAGUGUACCUGUGUUGUGUCAGAUACCAACAGCAACCACUUCUGAAGAAGCUUGGAACACUUUGGGAAAUGGGAAAGAAAAGCAAUGGAGAGAAUAUCUCUGAAGACCAUUCACAGCUAGCAUAUGUGCAAAAGGAGAGCCCAGUCUUUCAGUGUCUACUUACUGUGCUUCGGGAUGUGCGCUAUCACUUGUGGCCAAGUUUGUUCAGUCAAAUACAUUGAUUUCACCAGAACUUUUGACAGUGUUAGAGGAAGAGGCUACCAGAGACCUAUAUAGUUUGGGUUUUUUUCAAAAUUGAUGCUAUUAUUUCUACACUUUAUCCCACAUCUCAAAAUGGAAAAUAUUGAAUCAGUGUGUGGAAUGAGAGGCAAGAUCUGAAAACAAGUAACGGGUGGAGAAACAGUCUGGCAUUGUAAUGUUUUAAAUCUUUCAUUUUGCUGCUCAGAAAUGGAGGCUCGCUUCAGGUUUUGGUCUGCAAAUGCCAAACAAACCCUCUGUUUACAAAGCAGGAAGCAUCUUUAUCACUUUACUGAACCAGGAGGAAGCAACUGUGAUGAAAAAAAAAUUGCUGAGCCUUACUAACAAGGAACACUUUAAUAGAUUAACUAGUACCAUCUUGUAAGGAAAAUUAAGCCAUGUUGCAUCCAUAUGUUCCCUUCUGCAGAAACCUCGUGGGACAGUGUGAACAUCCUGCAUUUUUAAGUUUAUUAAAGACAACAGUUUUUCUUGCCUUUAAGGGCUACGUUCUCUGGUGUGAUCCCUAACUAACCUUUGAAAAACCGAGUUUGCUAUUUGAUAGCUUUAAUGUUGGAAACUUAGAUUGAAUAGCCAUGUGAAAUCAUUUGGUUCAGAGGUGAAAUAGUUAUGGUUGUAAUUCCUUAGGUGAGUGUGGAAAUGGCUCUUUACUUGCCUGGCACACUAUUCAAAGGUUGCCCCAAUUAUUGGAGUGAUACAUGGUGGGAGCAAAUGUUUUAUUUUGAAAGGAUGCUCGAGCUCUGACUUGCUAGUUUCAUAGCAGUGAAGUAUUUAUCAUUUGCAUGACUAAUGGCACAGAAAUACCUAUUCCGAAGUCUUACAAUCAAAGUAUAGACAAGUUUUCAAUCACAAUGUUUAGAUUUUAAAUGCUGGAGAGAUUGUCUUGAGAUGGAUCUUUUAUAGGUAAAAUUUGCCAUAAAAAUACAGUCACUGAGCCUGUGGUCUAAGUAACACCAUGCAUUCAUGAGUUUUUUCAAUCUUGUGCAGUAACAGUGUAGUUCCUUGUGUUUUACUGAGUGCAAACGGGGGUGCUGGGGUGUGUGUGUGUGUGUAUGUGUGUUCAGCGUGUAUGUGUGCGUGUAUAUGGCCCUUAGAAAUGCCGUAACUGGAGUUAGGUUCAAGAGUUUUGCCUCCAUCUGCAGAACUGCCUAAAAACUCUAUCAUCUGCUACAAAGGAAACUUGAAUACAAAAUGCUUUGCGGAUUUUCAUACAUAAGUAUCCUUAACAUUUGUAAUUACAGUUCGGUGGAUGAUAAGUAAAGGAAAUCAUGUACUAAUGGAAGAGAACUGGCCAUCUCUGCCCUUAAUCUUUCAAGAUCUUUCCGCAGUUGAUGUAUCAAAGGGCAUUAGAUGUCGCAAAACAUGAAGCCUUACAGGAACGUCAAUGUAGCCCAUUUCCCAUCUACCUUACUCAGCUUCCGUUACUGUACUUUGUUCUCUUAGGGAGAUAGGCACACCAUUUAUUUCUGGCAUCUGAAUGCCCAUUUUGGGUGCUCCAAAUCGCCCUCCUAGAGGCACCUACCUCUUUCCAUUGACUAUAUAGCAGACUUAGGCUUUUAAUUCUGGUCCUCUGAGUCACACGACUUAUAUGCCUAAACUAGAUGGUAUGAAUGUUCUCUUACCCCCUGCCCACCCACUCUGCCAGCCACCAUGCUUAAGCAAGAUGUGAGAUAUCAUACUAAUGAUAUUUCAAUGCUUAAAAUAUCUGGAUUGGGAAAUGAUUUUCUGAGUAGUACAACCUAUCUGUAAAACAGCUUGUCAGUGUGAGAUCCACUGCAUAAGCACUUAAAAAAAGGCAAAACAAAAAACAAAUCCCAAAUUGAAACCGAUUUGGAUGGAAGCACACGUUAUGCAAUGUUAUUUACAGAGAUGUUAAAAUCUUGCCUCACAGAUUGUUCAACCAAGAAAGUGGCACGAAGUACAAUAUGAACAGCCUAAGAUGAAGUUUGUAAUGAAAAACAGAUGGGCUUUCAAUAUAAGGAGAAAUUGCACAGUAAAUUUUUUAGCAGGAAUCUUGUUUCUUCGUUACACUUUUCUAUUUUCAAAAACAUAGGCCAUAUGUAAGCUACCACACAACGUGGCAGGGGGGAAAGCAUAAGUGAUAUUUUCCAUUGUAUAGUUCCGGGGAAGUAGUUAUGCACUAUUUGUAUUUCCACUAACAUGAAGAUAGUGGAGCUUGAAUCAAUGACAGUUGCACUCGACAGAGAUUUUUUCCAAUUCUACAGGGGUAGCAGCAAGGGAGGUGCGUGAGCCACGCGGCAGCUGCGUGACCACCCUGCGGGAGCCGUUGGUCUCGGGUCAUUGUUUCAUUUGUACCCUGAUAGGAUUACCAAUUAUAGUCUUUGAAAGUUUCUUAUAACAUGCCUUAAAAUAUUAUGAUUUGUUCCAAAGACCCACUUUUCCUUUGGCUGUUCUUGUAGAGCUUUGUACUUUUCUACAGAGACAGCACUUCUCCAGUUUUGUUGUUUGGUUUUGUUUCUAUUAUUUUUUUAAAGAAACGUUGCAACUUUUAUUCUUUUAAGCUAUGAUAGUGAGAGCAACUGUUUCCUCCUUCCCUUAAAAAUGCACAAAGUCAAAGCAAUCAAAUCAGAAUCUGAUAAAGGUAUUACACAUAAUUACAUUGGAUUUUGGUUUGGUUUGGGAUUUUUGGUUUGGUUUGGGUUUUUUUUUCCCCCGUUGUGUCCAUCCCCUCGCCCACCCCUUCAGAGCUUCAAAAGGCUUUUGGUGACAUUUUCUGUUCUGGUUUUAGCCUCUCCCUAACCCCAAUGCUACAGUUGCCAUUACUUUUCUGUGGGAAAACUACUGGUCUUUGCUUUCCUGUAUAGAACGUUGCCUAAAGAUGUCAGCCAUUUGGUUGGGGGGGGGUUGUGCAUGUUUGGUUUUGUUUUUUUUUUUAAUUAAUUUUUUGUUUUGCCAGUGUGCUCUCAAAGCACUGGUUAGGCUUUAAUUGUGAAACUCCACAACAAAAGUAAAUGUUUGACAACUGCAGGAGGCUUUUAUCUGCAUUGUUGUGCAUCUGUUAAUUCUUGAUCAGGGUUUGAAGAAAGUCUGAAGUGGUUUCUGGAAUCAGGCUUAACGCUGUUGAUUUGGAGUUUCCUAGGGGUGAAUUAAUGUAUUUCACAGUUAAUUGUUGAGCUCUAAUACAACUGGCAACUUAAAAUGGGGCAACAGUUUGUUUUGUAACGAUGUCAGUUGUUUAAACCUUGAUGUUUCAAAUAAAACAAGAAUUGUACAUAGAACUCAAUGCAAACUCAGCAGUUGUAUUUGGAGUUAAAUUAUUUUAACAAAUAAAUUUAUUUAAUGAAA